AUGUCUGACAAGCCUGAUAUGACUGAGAUUUCCCGUUUUGACAAGACAAAGCUGAAGAAGACUGAGACAAAAGAAAAAAAUCCUCUGCCCACAAAAGAAACCAUUGAACAAGAGAGGAAAGGAGAUGCCACACCUUGA